AGGGUACCCCAUCAAACCACGUCUCUGGUGGGAACACCCCACAUUUAAAGGUGUGUCUAGAACGGAAGAAUGUAUAUGCUGCAAGAGAUAUGGAUUGGUACCGAGCAAAAAAGCAAAAGAUGACAAGUACUUCCUUAAUGAAGUAAUUUGGUAUGCUUAAUGAUCAUAACACAAGCAUUUGUCUGGGUUACAUUUUAUUAAGAUUAGGUAAUUAGGCUAGCUGAUUCGGCAAUCGUCAAUAUCCAAUAGAUGAAGUUUGCCUACAAUGAAAAAGGGCCAAGUACUCAAAAGGCUAGCUACAACCACGUCCGGCUAUAAAUACCUCACACUACAUCAGUGUAUAAAUGCGACAUAUUUAGCACAUUAUGGCUUCUAAACCAGGCAUCCUUACUGAAUGGCCAUGGACUCCUCUUGGAAGGUUUAAGUAUAUAGUGUUGGCUCCAUGGGUGUUGGAUAGCAUAUCUCCAUUGUUUUUCUCGGGAAAUAACAGCAGCAAAUGGGACUUGAGUUACUUCCUCAUCCUCCCUUUGUGUUUGUGGAGAAUGAUUCACAACCAGAUUCGGAUAAGCUUUUCUCGUUUCAAAACAUCCAAAUCCAAGAACAGGAUAGUCGGCAAGCCCAUCGAAUUUGAACAAGUUGACAGAAAAAGCAACUGGGAUGAUCACAUCAUACUUAGUGGGAUUCUGUUAUAUUUGGUACAUAGUUACAUGCCGGGUUCUUCACAACUUUCCAUCUGGAGAACUGAUGGUAUCGUCAUGACCGCUCUACUUCAUGCCGGUCCAGUAGAGUUCCUUUACUAUUGGUUUCACAGAGCUUUGCACCACCAUUUCCUCUACUCUCGCUACCAUUCACACCAUCACUCCUCGAUUGUCAGUGAACCAAGUACUUCUUGGACACAUCCGUUUUGGGAGUGGAUCGGGUAUUACCUGCUUUUUGCAAUACCAGCUCUAAGUAUGAUUUUCACCGGCACUGCAUCGAUAGUAUCUUUUGGUGGUUAUUUCACUUACGUGGAUUUUAUGAACAACAUGGGUCACUGCAACUUCGAAUUUAUCCCGACUACCUUCUUCACCACUUUUCCACUCCUCAAGUACAUCUUCUACACUCCGACAUACCAUGCACUUCAUCACACCCAGUUUCGAAAAAAUUACUCUCUAUUUGUGCCAGUGUGCGACUACAUAUAUGGUACCAUACACACAUCAACUGACCUCGUUUAUGAAACCUCACUCAAAAGGACGGAAGAGUCACCGGAUGUUGUUCAUCUAACUCAUCCAACUACACCGGAUUCGAUCUACCAUCUACGUCUAGGAUUUGCCUCUCUAGCAUCAGUACCUGCUUAUCAUAACGUGUUUGGUUACACUUUUGUACUUGAGAGAAACAUAUUUGAUGACAAUGUAACCAAAAAGGUUCUCAAAAUGCAAACAUGGGCAAUACCAAGAUAUUCUUAUCAUUACAAAAAGGAAAAGCAAAAAGGAGGAAUAAACCGAUUGAUUGAGGAAGCAAUACUUGAUGCUGAUAAGGCUGGUGUUAAGGUCAUAAGCUUAGGGAUCUUGAACCAGGUAGAAGAACUGAAUGAUAAUGAUAAAGUUUAUAUACAGAGGCAUCCAAAUUUGAAGAUUAGAGUUGUUGACGGAAGUAGCUUAGCUACUGCUCUCGUGCUUAAUACCAUCAACAACAUCCCAGCUGCUGUUUAUUGUAAAACAGAAGAUAAUAAGACAGAUCAAAAGUUGUCUUUGACUGUGAUGAUAAGGGGAAAACUGACAAAGGUGGCUUGUUCUAUCGCCUUGGCCUUAUGCCAAAGAGGAGUUCAAGUUGUGGUUUCCCAGCAAAGUUCUAAUAAUGAAUUCGAGAAUUUAAGAUCAAGGUUAUUUGGCUCACUGGCACCAUCAUGCGUAAAUGAGCAUAACAACAAUAAUAUUCAUCAUAAUUUGAUUCCAUCGGCAGAUUAUACCAGUGCUCAUCGCGGUAGUAUUCUGGUGUGGUUGGUAGACGACGAGUUUAGCGAGGAGGAUCAUAUAAAUGCACCAAAAGGAACAAUCUUCAUACCAUACUCACAGUUUCCUCCAUGGUCCAACUUUAAGAAGAUGUUGACAAUCCAAGAUGCUGCUUCAAAUGCUUUCCGAAAGGAUUGCAUUUACCAUAGUACACCGGCCAUGUUGAUCCCUCCAUCUCUUCAGAACGUGCACUCUUGCGAGAACUGGUUGCCAAGAAGAGUAAUGAGCGCAUGGAGAGUUGCAGGAAUAUUGCAUGCACUGGAGAAUUGGGGAGAUCAUGAAUGUGGAAAGUGGUUGAAGAACAAUCAGAAUGUAGACGUGAUUGAAAAAGUGUGGUCUGCUAGUUUACGCCAUGGUUUCCGCCCUUAUUAUGUUCACACUCCCGCCUGCAACCGUACCCGCACCGCUGCUUAAUGAAACGUGGGAGGAUGGUAUUAGUAUAUAUGUCUGGUGUCCACAGUUGGCAUCUAACUAUCUAGUGCACGAAGUUUACAUUUGUGUGUGUUGCUAAAUAAAGUCAAGGACAUGGUCCUUACAAUCAUAAAGCUUAAUUCUACAAUCGUUAAAUAUUGAGCUAUCAUCUCUAAAUAAAGAUAGCUUUUAUUAUACAAAAAACGCAAAGAAGCAAAGCUGUACUGUCAGAAUCAAAUAUCAUGUAGGAGUAAAACUCAUGGCGAAUGCAGCAUCCAUGAGGGGGCAAUUGUCAUUUAUGGGCUUACUUCAUUCCUCGUUAACAAUUCUUAUUUCUUGAAACCUA